AUGGAGACCUUAUCUACCACAUCACAAGGGGAUAGCAGUAUAAAGAGUGAAGACAGUAGCCCCCAGCAGGAAAGUGGUAGAAGCUCCCCUCCACCAAACUGUGCCAUAUGCCUUGGAACAUGUAAAAACAAGUCCUUCACAGACUCAUGUCUUCACCAAUUUUGUUUUAGAUGUAUUUUAAGAUGGAGUAAGGUUAAAGCUGAGUGUCCUCUAUGUAAACAAAUUUUUAAAUCAAUAAUACAUAAUGUGCGCUCAAAUAGUCAGUAUGAGGAAUAUAUGGUGGAACAGAGAACUCAAGUGGAGGAUAUUGAGAGGAUUGAAAUUGAUAAUAUAUCUAAUGCUGCUCAAAGGUUUAGAUUUAGGGCAACCCUAACUCUACCGAGCCGAGACUCUUGGGCGAUAGAACAAAUUCUUCUUAACCGAACGGAUGCGCGUAGACAACCUCCCGCGCACCGACGCCGUCAACCUUCUUACUUCCGUAGAACGGUAUACCGCCACAACCUCUGGGCUCGACCACUGCCAGAUUUCACAGGAAGAUAUAGGGACUGCACACCAGAAUUCUACAGGUACAACAACUCUCAAAUGCAUCGCUUAGUGCCUUGGUUAACGCGAGAACUACACUACCUAUUAAAUGAAAAUGUUCAACACAUAUGCUUUGUGAUGUCACAAAUUAUGGAGUUGCUUCCCAGUUAUCACAUCAAUUCGUCAGAAUUUAGAGAAGCGACGCAACGGUAUUUUGGUGACAGAACAGAGCAUUUCCUACACGAGCUGUACUGUUUUGCAUCGACGCCUUAUGACAUGGCGGGAUACGAUAGAAAUGUGCAAUACACGACAGAUUCACGGGUUUCGACCAUGAUCAAUGAAAUAAUAUCGAGUUCAGAUAACGACUCUAGUCUUGACUCGGAUAUUAAUAUUGAAGAUUUCUUACGUCAGUUCCCGAUCAGCUCCCAGUAUCCAGCUGGAUCUUCACAAGACGUACCCAGACCGCAGUUCGACACUGUCAACACAAACCCACCAACAAAUGAUGUCAUUCCAAUUGAAACAAUAUCCCAUUCUGACACAGAUGACAAUUCUUCUGAGGUUAUGGUGGUGGGGUAUAUAAAGCCCCCGCACGCGCGUACGCCGGAAGUUGUUGAUCUUCUAGAGUCUGAUAGCGACGUGGUAAUCGAGGACGACCCUCAACCCUCGACCACAGUACAGCCUCAAACCAGCCAAAGCCAAGAGAGUAGAUCAGUGUCUCUGGUCAAAGUAACUUUAAAACAACAUCAUCCUACCCCAGCAGCUACGAUCGCCAAUUUCCCAACCGCUACACCUGCGACUACUGCCCCUACAGUUUCUGACAGCGACGACAGCACCUACACGCCUCCAUUACCUCGACGGAAGAGACCUUCAUCCGACACGAAUUCAAGCAGUACAAAAACAUCCAGUUCUUCCGAAUCCGAAUAUCGCACACCCAGUUCCUCGACUGUUUCAUACUAUAGCAGCAGUAGCAGCAGCGUCGCAUAUAGCAGCAGCGAUAGUUGUAGCAGUGAUUCCUAUACUCCACGUGCAAAAAAAGUAAAGAGAAAGAAAACAAAAAGAAAAAGUAGCAAUGACAAGUCAAAAAAGAAACUGAAAAGGAGCAAAUCGAAGUCCAAAAACAAAAAGUCUAAAUCCGAAUCGGCCUCAACGAAGGACACAAGUCGCAAAUCUAAUUCGGGCAUAGGGGUGAAAUCUUCGAAGAGUACAAAUUCAGAACGAACACAGUUCCUAGAUCAACCGAGCACCAGCGGAACACAAAACAGGAGUAAAAGCAAUAAAAGGAAAAUGGACAGUAAACGAAGCAGUAAUGAGAGUAAAAGACUGAGAAGUGCUAUUUCUGUUGUGACAAAUCAAAAACAUCUUAGGAGUAGUGGUAGUGAGACGAGUCAAGCAAAUAGUUCAAAACCUAAUAGUGUUGAUGAGGGUACGACUCAGGCUAGAGAAAAACCCGUUCCAGAGAACGUCACGAAUUCCAGCGUUGUAGAAAAUUCAGAUACAUCUGAGUCUGAAACACACAAUCCAUACAUAGACAGGAUAAUACAAUACUUGAAAAAUAAAUAG